UUCCUUUCCGUUGCUGAAAUAUAGAGUAUUACACUUUUGUGGUGCCCUAGUUUUGUUAUGAAUUCUUUGCGUCAUUGAUUUUGUGGAACCAUAAAUUCAGAUACCAAGCCAUUCAGGUUUUGUGAAUUGUGGUUUCUAUAUGGUGUAAUUGCACUUUCUGCUCGUAUUUGGUCUAAGUUAUUGUGCUUGUGAUGAUCUGCAAUGUAAUGGUAUUUAAGCUUGAAAUAAAUAGCAAUUAAGUAAUUUUAUUCAACGUUGUUUGCUUCAUUAAGAAAAUUGGCUGGCCUGGUAUGCACCAUGGCCAGGCCGCCUAGAUCACAUGGAAACCAAGAGGACUGGUGAUGGUGGUUUUUUCUUGAAGAUAUCUGAGCUGAUUUUCAGUUCUUGAACCCCAUCCUUUAGCAAGCUGGGUUUUUGGCUUCCUUAAACAGCUCAUUUGUUAUAACUCAGAAUUUUGUACUUCAGAUUUUGCAAUAGAAUUUCCUACAGUAAUUUUCUUGAUUAUGCGAACUUGUCUAGUUUUAGCCUUUGUUCUGCUCAGGAACAUGCCAUAAGUGAAGCACGAGUGUACAUGUUUUUGAGUGGAUUGAGUUAAUUACUGCUCGAACUGAAGGAUUCUUGCAACUAAGGUUCAUGGUACAUUAUAAAGUAAACCAUUUGUAAACUGCACUUGUGGAUGGCAUCAACGACACGUAUAAAAAUGGCUAAAGAACUUUUCUGAUUAUCAAAAGAAACUAGACCCUUCCUAGUUGUGUUCACUAAGAAGACAAUCUUCCAGGACUUUUAAAUAGGGAAUAUAAAUACAGAUGCUGAUUUAAACCUUUGUGUUGUUUUCGUUUGCAGAACACUUAAGACACUGGACGGACGUUUUGCCUUUUUUAUAUUCUUAAAAUGUAGAUUCAGUUUUGUUUUCAUUAGAGACUCAUAUGUUGCAGCUUCUAAGAGCAAUUUUAGUGGCAGUCACCCCUCAUUGUAGUUCAAAUAAACAAUACAAUGUGUUCUAUUGUUGUUAGUAAUGUUAGUAACGAUUUGUUUCAAAAGCUAAAGCUUUCAAGAAAUGGGACAACAAUGUAUAUCAAUCACACUAACAAUACCUUUUUUUUUUUUUUUUUUUUUUUUUUUUAAAUAUAUGUAAUCAAGAUUAACAAUCAAUCCUAAAGGCUUAAGUUGUUUGUAACUGUGAGCAAUCAUGUAUAUCAAGCUCAGUUAAAAAAUAAACUUCUUUUUUUAAUGUGUCAAGUUACCCCUAAUUUUUGUGUCAUUUGGAGAUUUAUGCAAAUCACUUGUUUUUCUCACUUGGAAACAGGAAUAAGAGCAUACAGGUUAGACCUUCUGGAAAGAUUGGUUCAGAUACUAUUUUCCAUGAUUCUGAGGCAGCCAGGAGAAGACAACUUAGAAAGAUUUUAUGAAACCUUCCAUGGAGCCAAUAUCAGCAUUCAGGUGACUAUUUGCUUAGAAAAAAAUCUGCUGAUUUGCCUUUGUGUUCAGAGAACUAUUGAUAUAAUGAGAGGAUACCUACAUAAAGCAUUAUCUACAACAAUGGAGUUCAUAGUUGAAAGUGAUAAAGCUGAUCUUCUUGAGAGACCGGUUUCUCCUGAGAUGGUUAUCUUUUAUAUUACUCAAGAUACACAGAGGCAUCCUUUGCUGCAUGAAUUAAAAUCAGGUGGAUUCCGGGUGGCAGGAAAGAUGUCCUCUCAAUGUUCUUUAUCAGAUCCCAUCACUGGUGAACUAACUGUGGAAGCAUCUGCAGUUCCCAUUUGCUCCAUUGACAUUCAUCUGCUCCGCAUAGAGUCAGUUCUUCUUGGGGAGAAAAUUGUUACUGAAACCUCUCUGAUUCAGACUACCCAGAUUGCAGAUGGAGAUGUCUGUCGCAAUAUGACUUUGCCCAUCUAUGUUAUACUUCCACGUCUUUUGAGUUGUCCAACGAUCUUAGCUGGUCCAUUUUCAAUUGAAUUCAAAGUUUCCAUAGUCGUAAGCUUUCAUUCGGAACUAUCCAAAAUACAUUCAAAAUCUGAUCCUACAACCCCUAGUAUCUGGAUGGCAUUGGAGACUUUGCCACUUGAACUAGUCCGAACAAGAUAGGAUGAUUUGUACCGAGACAACAGUUCCAUCAAGACCAAGGUGACUUGUGUAUGAAGCUACCUUGUAGAUUUCACACUACAUUCCCUACGAAUGUUUGUGCAACUAUUGUUAGGAACUGUUCCUUACCCCUUUUUGUUUGUAACCAUGUAAAUAGAAUUUUUUAUUUUUAUUU